AAAUACAAACACACGCGCAAGUCGUUGUAGGAUCGACUACCUAGCGCGGAUGCGCGCACCGAGAUCACUGUUCGCUAGUAGUACCAGCAAAUGUUUACGAAAAGCUAAGGUCCUCCCUUGCGCUAAAAGAACCGAGGUCCCACGCUAGGGUCUGUCAAUGAUUAUCUCCCUUUAUUCAUCUUUCCUAUCGAUGGAAGCUGGCGGAAUGUUUUGUUUUCUCUCAGAAAGUUUCAAAGUUUUUAUUGUUUAAAUGAACUGCAAACACGGGUCUGCAGUUUUUAUUUUGUCAUCCAAUGAACAGGAAACACCAAUAUUGUUUACAAGAAUAUAUAAAAGUUUUCCUAUUAUUACACUUCAUAUGCAUGAAGGUGUUACAUUCCCUAACAUAUACAUUUUUAUUUUUAAUACAAUCCUUGCAAGUAAACACGAGUUUUUGUUUCAUCUAUUAUUUAUGCAAUGUUUAUCCAUUACCAAAAAAAUCCAGUGUACUAUCAGUACUUGUUAAAGAUUUGGGAUAUUGUACAGUCAAACACCUUAAAGUCUCUCAGUAAAAGACAUCUGAUACAAAUAAGCAAAAAAACUAUGCAGUCCACUUUUAUCAAUGAGGAUACAAUUGUGAAAUAUCUGAAAUCAAAAGGAAUCAGUUUUGAAAAACAAUAUACAAGUAUCACAGUAACAUGUCCUAAAGCUUUCAACACCAUUAACAAACAAACAAAGUAUAUUUAUAUAAAUAUGAUCUCAGGCCAGUUCACCUGCCAACAUUGUAGAAAAUCUGGUUUGUGGGAGCAGCUUCAAGAAAAUCUAAACAACAUAUUUAACAAGAAAAAAAGCGAAUUUUCAACAUGUCUGAAAGCUAUCCCGGAGUUCAAAAUAUCAUCUGAUGUUCUUAGAUUUUACAAUAAAGCAAUACCUUUAAAGAAAGUAGAUUCUGAAAUUAUUAAUUCAUGGAAGCAAAGCUUGAAUUGUUCUCUCUUACAGACAGCAACAUUAUCAAAAUUUGGCGUUUGCUAUGAUGAUGUAAGAAACGCUUUGAUAUUUCCAUCUUACAAUGAAAACUUUGAGAUAAGCCAACUGAAGUUGCUUGGUUUUGUCACAGACAAAGAUGGGCUCACAAAGGACCUAAAUGAAUCCUUAAUUCCAAGAACCACAAUCUCUGGUUUAUUUGGUUUGAGUACAUCAAAGGAAAAACAUAAUACAGAGGUCAUAUUAACUUCUUCUGAAAUGGAGGCAAUGGCUGUUUAUCAAAUAACUCAAAUACCUUCACUGGCUCUCCCCAAAAGAGGAACGGUCCUUCCUGUUGAGAUUCUGCCUUUGCUAGAGAGAUUUAAGAAAGUUAUCUUAUGGCUUGGAACAGAUUUGUGUUCUUGGCAAAAUGCAAAGCAGUUUGCUAAAAAGUUGAAUGAGCAUCGCUGUUUUAUUAUCAGACCUUCAGAAGCUCCAUCAGCUGUUAAGGUUCUCCAAGAUAAAAUGAAUAUGAGUAAAAUAUUAAACUCCGCUAUUCCAGCAAGCCCAGAUUCUAUCGUUUCUUUCUCUCAACUCCGGAACAAUGUCUAUUUUGAACUUGCUCAGAAUGAAGAAAUCACAGGAAUUAAGUGGAAGAAAUUUCUUCCUCUAAAUAAACUGCUGAAAGGUCAUCGUCGAGGAGAACUUACAGUAUUUACAGGAACAACUGGUGCUGGGAAGACCACUUUCAUGAGUGAAUAUUCUUUGGACCUUUGUAUGCAGGGAGUGAAUACAUUAUGGGGGAGCUUUGAGAUUCAUAAUGUCAGAUUAGCAAAAACCAUGUUGAUGCAGUUCUCUCAGGUAAAUCUUGCCAAGAAUCUUGAUGCAUUUGAAAAUUGGGCUGACAAGUUUGACCAACUUCCUCUAUACUUCAUGACAUUUUUUGGUCAGGAAGAUGUUAAGAGAGUUAUCAAGACAAUGUCACAGGCUGUAUAUUUAUAUGAUAUUGCUCAUGUUGUUAUUGAUAACAUCCAGUUCAUGAUGGGAACAAAUAUCAGCCAAGGAAAUAGAUUUUUGAUUCAAGAUCAAAUAAUCUCUGAUUUUCGCAAUUUUGCUACAACAUCUAACUGUCAUGUAACACUUGUCAUUCAUCCUCGUAAGAAUAAAGAUGCAGAACUACUAAAUGUAGCAUCAGUGUUUGGUGGUGCAAAGGCUACUCAGGAGGCUGACAAUGUUCUCAUACUGCAAAGUAAAUAUUUACCUUCUCACAGAGUUCAAAAAUUCAUUGAGGUAGUUAAAAAUAGAUUUGAUGGAGAAAAAGGAUUAAUGCCACUACGCUUUAACAGAGAAAUUGCUAGUUAUACAACUCCUGAGAAAAAGAAAGUUACAAAUGCACGAAAAUUACCUUUGCCAUCUAAUGUCAAAGAGAUGGAAGAGGAUAAAAUUGUAGUUCAUAAUCGAGAUGAGGAUGACUGAGAGGUUAGGACUGAGAUACAGAGCCAGUAUCAUGAUGUUUUUCAGUUGAAGCUAAGUUUUACUGUUUAGCUCAGUCUUGAUCUAGCAGACAUUUGACAGAGUAUGUUCAUGAUGUUUGGUAUUUGAUGGAGGGGGAAGCAGUUUGUCAAGUUUUACCAUCCAUUCAAAACAAAAUAGAGAAUUCAAUUCAGCAGCCCACCUGUAAGCUUUGCAGUAUAAACAAACAUUAUCAAAGACACUCCCUGCAUUAUAAUGUGGCUGUACAAUAGAUGGGGCAGCCUGUUCUUUAAAAUUAUUGAAACUGGCUUUCGUUGCUAAUCCUUUAACAGAAUUCUUCCUGGUUUGAAAUUUUUGUCAUCUUUACGCCUGCUGUAAAUAUUGGAUUUUGUCUCUCAGCGCCCUAUUUGUUGGCACUGCUGUUUCUGUUUGUAUCUCAUUGAUGUUUGGAACACUUUAUAUUUGGUACUGAUUAUCAAUAAUCAGCUGAACAAUCACAGACGGUGAAAGCUGACACAAUGUCUUAUUUUGAAGUAGAAGAUUCUCCUCUCGAGAUACUCUAACCAGUCGGUCAUGUGCAGCGGAAACAGAAUCAUGUCUCUGUCUUCAUGCAUAUUCAGACAUCUGUUUCAGUCGCUUUGCAUUAAUAUAAACAACUGUGUGUGUAUGUGUAUUUACAUAUAUAUAUAUAUACACAUACACACGCACACAUACAUAAAUGCAUACAUAAAUAUAUUGUUCAAAUUUAUAGAAAAACAAAAGACAAAGACCGGUGUAGGAACAACAAGCAAGUGUAUUAGUUUGAUGCUCAGGAAGAAUGGGAAAAUUCUUUAACCUUUUGUGGCUACACUCUUCAGUAGGAAGGAAUGACAAAAUAAAUAGAGAGAGGAUGAAAAAAAAACGUGUAGAGUAAGUGGUCCAACAUGGCGAAUAUAUACACACAUACAUAAGCCCUCCCCACAUCCUGCUUCACUGCACUUGUAAUUCCCUAGGAGAGUUACAGACUAAAACCCUCUCUCUGUGCAUUAGAUCUCUACUUACUAAUCAAUGUCCCGACACACAAGGGCAUCCAAACAGGUCCCUAAUUUGGGAGUUUAAACAGAGAUAUGUAAAACCUAUUUCUGUAAUUAAUUAUUGAUCUACAGUUGUGAUGUGAUAGAUUUGUUUAAUCUUUAGUUAUGAUAGAUUUAAAUAUUCAUUAAUUUAACAUGUUGGGUGUCUUGUUUGUCUUGUGGGUAGAGACGUAGACAGACAACCACAUUGAACAUCCUGGGCAGGGUUCAAUCUCACCUAAUGCCUGCAUUAAGAGGAGGUUUUUAUCUUUAGAGAUGGGGGGAAAAAAAGUGAAAAUAUUUAGUAAGAUAACCCUGUAAAUCUGAGCAGAGAUUAGAAACCUCAACUUGUUUGUGUAGUUAUUACUUCUAAACACCCUUACCUACUGUGCCACAAAAGAAGCAACAAUGUUAAAGAGAAAAUUAUGGUAUUUAAAUUUAUUUCAAUUAUUGCUUACUAUAAAGAUUUGAGAGAGAUCGGGUUACUAUAUGAAGGCUGCUUUGUAGCCCCCUUUUUCACACACACACAAACACACAAUAUUUUGCUUAAGUAAAAAUAUUUAAUAAUAUCCUUUGUAAUUCUUGGCAGAGAUUUGUAACCUCCACUUUUAAACACCCUUACCUACUGGGCCAAGGCAGCAACAACUGCACUGAGAAAAGGAAGAUAUUUAAAUUUAUUUCAAUUAUUGGGCUUACUAUAAAGAAGUGAAUGCAGUUUGGUUACUGUGUCAAGGCUGCCUUGUGACCCCUUCUACACAAUCUAAUUCCUGGCAGAGAUCUGAAACCUCCACUACAGUGUUCAUUUAUUAUUUCUAAACACCCUUACUUACUGGGCCAUCAAAGCAGUAGCAAUUUCAAUGAGAAAAUUAAGAUAUUGAAAUUUUAUUUUAAUUAUUGGGUUUACUAUAAAGAUUUGAGGGAGAUUUGGUUACUAUGUCAAGGCUGCUUUGUUGAAGGAAAUUUGAUUACUUGAAUAAAAAUAUUUAAUAAGAUCUCUUGUAAUUCCUGGCAGAAAUUUGAAACCACCACAUCUAAACACCCCUACCUACUGGGCCGCCAAAGUAGCAACAAUCUGAAUGAGAAAAUUAAGGUAAUUAGAUUUAUUUCAAUUACUGAGCUUACUAUUUGAAGGAAAUUUGGUUACUACGUGAAGGCUGCCUUGUGACCCCUUGUUCACACAACUUCUGAUUGAGAAAUAUUUGGUUUCUUAAAUAAAAAUACUUAAUAAGAACCCUUGUAAUUUCUCACAGAGAAUUGAAACAUUCACUUCUGUGUUAUGUUUCUACAUCUUAAAUCCUACUGGGCCAUCAACACAUUAACAGAUUCUGCAGGGAAAUUAUAUUUCAAUUAAUGAGCUUACUAUAAAGAUAGGGAGAUUUGGUUACUCUGUGAAGACUGCAUUGUGGAUCCUUCUUCAUGCACAAUUGUUUUUUAAGGGAAAUUUGGUUGCUUAAAUAAGAAUAUUAAAUAAUGCCCCGUGUAAUUCCUGGUACAGAUAUGAAACCUCCACUGUUGUAUUUUAGUUUCUCUUUGUAAACAACCUUAUCUAAAGAAAAUUAUGAUAUUUAAAUUCAUUUCAAUUAUUGUGUUUACUAUACAGAUUCAAAGGAGAUUUGGUUAUUAUGUGAAGGCUGCCUUGUGGCCCCUUCUUCUCUCUCUCUCACACACACAAUCUUUUUAUUGAGGGAAAUUCGAUUGCUUAAAUUAUAAAUAUUUAAAAUCACUUGUAAUUCCUGGAAGAGAUUUGAAACCUCCACUUGUGAGUUAUGUUACUAUAAAGAUGAGGGAGAUUUACUGCCUAUGUGAGAACUGUCUUGUGACCCCUUGUUUACUCACACACAUACAUAAUCUCACUGUCGAAAGAAAUUUAGUUGCUUAAAAGAAGAAUGAAAACAUCUAAUAAGAUCCCUUGUAAUUCUUAGCAGAGAUUUGUAACCUCUGCUUCUAAACAAUUUCACCUUUUCAUCCACCAAGCCAACAACAAUUUUAAUGAGAAAAUUUAGAUAUUUAAAUUCAUUUCAAUUAUUGGGCUUACUAUAAAGAUAUGAGGGAGAUGCGGUCACUAUGUCAUGGCUGACUUGUGACCCCUUGUUCACACACACAGACUCACACACAAUCUCUUUGUUGAGGGUGACUUGGUUGCUUGAAAAGAAUGAAAAUAUUUCAUAAGACCACUUGUAAUUCUUGAAUGAGAUUUGAAAUCUUUGCUUCUAAACAUCUUCACCUGUUAGGCCAGUAAAGCAGCAACAAUUUUAAUGAAAAAUUUAAGAUAUUCAAUGUUAUUUCAAUUAUUGGGCUUACCAUAAAGCUAUGAAGGAGAUUUGGUUACUAUGUGACGGGUGCCUUGUGACCCCUUGUUCACACACAAUCUUUUUGUUGAGGGAAAUCUGGUUGCUUAAAUAAAAACGAAAUAUUUAAUAAUCAUCAUCA